AUGAUGACGCACAUGGUGGCACUUUUGUCUUGCCUCGUUUGGUUGCUGACGGGUUCCAACGCGUUCUCACUACUUGAAUCAGCCGAAGAACCCCUGAUUUUCACACGUCGAGCGCCAACAGAAGCGCACGCCGUGGUCGUUCACAGUGAGGUCCGUUCACUGCUUGAUUGGCAUGUGGUGUGCAGAGACGAUGUUCUGCGAUUCCGCGUCGCUCUCCUGCUGCAGCCUGUGAACUCGACUCUCCCAGAAGAUGGAGAACCUUCUCUCGUUGGUGUUGGCGAUAUUGCUACACAAUGCGCACGUGCACCACUGUUAGCAGAAGAUGGGGGGGAAUUUCCAGCGGUGGCCUUAUCCGCUUCCCGCGCUGCCGUCCAUGCUCUGUACGUGUGCCGCAAUGGUGCCUCUGGUAUACUUCACAUGCUGGUUGCACAGUGGCUCGGAGGGGACCUGAGUGCCGUCGUGGAUGAGCCAGUCAUGUCGUUUGGUGUGGCGAAAAGCUGGCUUCUGCCCCACGACGUGGGUGGGGCGGCCAUGCAGCUGCUCUACGUGCUGUCUCUUGACGGGGCGACGAGUGCGAUCCUCCUCGAACGCGUGGGUCCACUCGGCGCACACCCCCUCAGUAUCACGCAGCUGAGACUUCCGCAGCGCGUUGCGGUGGGGGAGACGGAGUUGGUGGCAUCGUGCUUUCUGCCGAGCGUCGGCGUGAGUGGCCUGGUGCGGCGCUCACCGGCGGAAGGUGUGUCGUAUUUCGAGCUAUAUCGUCUGUUCCCCACCGGUGGGUCGGCGGAGUUACUGCUCGACACGUCCACAGCCAUUUUCACCGACCUCAGCACGGAGGAGCGGCGGUACUGUAGCCUGUCAUCGCGCGUCGACUUUACCCACUGCCGUCUCACACUCUCAAGCACGGAUUCUCUUAAUGUCGGCAUCGCCGUGACGGCGACGCUGGAGUCUCCCACCGCUGGCGCUGCUUCCCGGGAGUUUGGCGGCUGGGUUCGGUGCGGCGAGACACGACUCGAAGGUAGUGCCAUCAUCAUGGAGGGAGGGACGCGCGUCCACGUGUCGCCGCUCCGCCGGGCGCAUUUUAAGCGCGUCCUGUCGCGCGAGACUGUCAGUGAUGAUAGAGAAGUUUCACAAGGGCGUCUGGGUCGCUGCAGUUUUCAUCACAGUCUCAGUACGCUCAACUGCAGUAAUUCGGAGACACGCACCUAUGCGGCUGUGCGUGGUGUUUCUCACCACUGCACUGCGGUCCGAGUGUGGUGGAGACCAUCCGUCGGCCUCGACCGUUGCCUCUGCGACUGGUUAGGCGUUGGCCUCGUGGAGGUGCUCACCUUCGCCCUGGUGCUUUUCGUAACGAUGUGUGGUGUUCAGCUUGUGGCAGAACUGCUGCUGCGGUUGUGGGGUUCUUUUUUUGGGUGA